GGGAUCACGACGAAGUUUCAUCGAUAGAGCGUCGUUAAUUCUUUCCUAUAGCGGAGGAUACGAUAUGCUAACUAAGCACUUAAUUUACAUCAAUAUCAUUGUCGGCGCAACUGCGCAUGGCCUGAUUGCAUGCCACCACAAGACUGACGUGGUGGCGACAGGUAUUGAGCGCCUCGCCUCCACCUGCAAACAGCCAGGCACCGCUAUUCGAUAUUGGAGAUUGCUUCGCCAAAUGGAAGCCCCAAAACACGCAAGAGGCGCGAGGGUACUGCCAGAAGGGGGUGCUGCAGCACCAUCCUCCAGCUCCUAAUACGCCCCUAUCUGCCCCUCUCUGGCCCCCGAGUUAUACAAAAACAAACCACGAUCUGAGAGUUGUCUUGGAUCUACCCCCUUGUUUAGGACAAUUCUCGGGCGUAUCCGUAGGAAAGAAAAGACGGACAGCGUGAAGAAGA